UGCCUCGUUUUAAUCAGAAAUUUAUGGACUAUAAUUACACCUCAUUAAGAAAGCUUUUGGUUGUUCUUUAGAGUUUCUCGAAACCUGGUUUUCCAGAAUAUCGGUCUUUGAAGGCCUAGCGGCAGCAUUCAUGGUGGUAUUCGGAAUCAGCAUCGUCGACUACCUAUAGUCCAGUCGGUUUCGUUGAAAAAGCGAUUUAUCCGUUGGGGAUCAUUCCUCGUUAGUAUCGUUUAGAAAAGAAAAUAAACAUGGUGUUGCUCCCAAACAUAUUGUUGACGUCGAUCGAAUUAAUACGUCUCGAGGUAGAAUUAAAUCAGCCGGUAUUUCUCAUACAUGUGAUAUAUUAACGGAAGGCACCAAAGCUCAAUGUCAAUAUGAAAAAGAUAAAUAUCGUAAACAAAAACCAAGUAGUGAAGAAAUAUCAUUUAGUGCCUUUGAGGAAAGUGAAGAACAUAGUGACGGUGAAGCUGAAAAUUACAAUGAUAACCAACAAAAACAUCGACAAACAACAAAAACUAAAAUAAAUGUGUUGGAAGAUGAAAUUGAUGAAAAUCAAUAUGCCGAUGCCCGUUAUAAUUUUAACAAUGUGCCAGCUUAUAAAAAUAAAAGACAUGUUAGUAAAAAACUAGAUCCAACCGAAAUAAGUUGGUUAAAUCGUGAACGUCCGAAAAGUAAGUCAAAUGAAGAUUCAAAGUGACUGAAUGGAAAUAAUUUAUUGAACCACAAUGUAUUGCACAAUUUUGAAAGUAGUAGUAUCAGCUCUUUUCAAGAAAGUUCUCUUGAAACUUCAUAGCAUAGGUCAUGUCAAUAUCUGUAACGACUGAAGACUUUCGUAAUCACUGCAGAUCUCCUUAAGUCGUUAGAAAAGCGAUAGGUAAAGUAAUAAAUAAUCUCUCUCAUCAGGUUCUGAUAUAAUAUCUUUCAAUUACGCUAAAAGUAAUUCGAUUUAUAGCCUAUUGUCCAUCCAAAAAAAGAAUUGUAUAUGAUUGUUUUCUGAAUAACUUCUGAUAGAAAAGAGCGAGAGAGCUUCGAUUUUCACCAUUCGAAAGAGGAGACUUGAGGACAUGCUUUC